GGUACUUUUGUAAACAAAAUGUUUAAUUAUACAAAACUGCACUAACAAAGAAUAAUAUGACUAGUUUAUUGAAGGAAAACAAUUAAUGCCUUCAAAAUUCCAAAGCUGUGAAGGGACGAAGUAUGAUUUAUUUAGAAAAUAUUCAAAAGAAUUGAAUACAUUAUUUGUUACUUCAUUGGAGAUGGUUUUUUUGUUCAUUCAUGAUCAACAAAAAGUUUUUGUUCAAAGACUAUGAUUUAUAAAAAGCAUGGGAAUUUUACGCAAACCUGAAAGUGCAGAUUUCUCAGCUAUGGAUCCUUCCAAAAACCCCAACAAGAAAUUACGCUUGGAUGUGAAUGCUAGAAACAAUUCACCAAGUGCUGCUGAUGAUUUAUGGGGUCAAGACGAUAUAACAGCUGAAGAAUUUGACAUGCUUGAAACUCAAGCAACUCAGUCUCAUAGAGCGCAAGACCCAGUUUUGCAUCCUGCUGGCGUUUCUUCGAGAAAUUUAAAUGGUGCAAAUAAUCAAAUUGAGCUUGAAUCUAUGAGGCAAAUGCAGUAUGAAUUAGAAGGAAGGAUCAAGUUAUUGACUCAGAGUGUUGAAAAAACUAAAAAAGAGCUGUAUGAGGAGAAGCUUAAAAAGGAAAAACUCGUAGCAGAUAAAGCUAAAGAGUUUGAGGUACAAGAAAGCAAUUUGCGCAAGGAAAUCGAGAAAAUGAAAAGUGCAAUGCAAUUUAAGGAUCAGGAAAUGAAAAGCGUAUAUUCGAAGGUUCAUAUGCUGGAGGACCAACUUAAAGAAAAACAAGAUGGGAACUCAUCUGUUUCAUUGAAAAGAAAUGCUGAAAGUUUUAAUAAAAGGUUUAGUUUUGGGACUGAAUCUAAAUCUACUGCAAGUGAAUCUAUUCCUAAAAUUCAUAGAAAAUCCAAGUUAUCACUUGAUACACCAUUAGGUCAAAUGAAAGGAAGUGAUUUAGUAUCUUUGCUACUAUGCAACAAAAUGCCUGUUUUCCAGUCUGAAAAAGGUCCCGCAAACACAGCCUUGUCGUCUGAGAGUUUCUUUUCCAAUAACUCCGGCUUAUUUACCAUGUCAGUUGUAAAAAUGAGCCUUGAACAAGAUGUCGAAGAGUUAUUUGAACAUUAUGAAAAAGUUUUGACAAGUCAUAUAUUUUAUUUACAAAGUUUAUGCACUAAAAGCACAUUGUCAACUUGUAAAACAUCACCUUUAUCUGCUCGACAUAAAGAAAUAUAUAAGCGGAAGACGUCUGUGAUAUCAUGUUUGAAAGAUGUACGAUGUUUUUUUUUACACAACCCUGCCACUCAAAGCAAAAGAACUCCCAUGGAAAGCAUAGCAGAUACAACAGAUGGAUCGAAUGAAAAUGCAGCUACUCAUCCACUUGUCUCCUCAGCAGAGCAAAGAACAGAAAUGUCUAACGGUUUGGCACUGCUGUUAAAACCUUUAGUGCAGCUUGCGACAGCAGAAACAUAUCCUAAUGGUUACAAUAAAGUUGAAGAAAUUGAACUGUCUCUGUGUUCUCUCUUAGCAUGUAGUUAUAAUUUUCCACAUAAACUAUUGAAUCAUAUGAAUGAAUUUCCUGUUUCUUCUCUAUUAAAUGUACAGAAUGACACCUCCUGCAUGUGUAUUACUUUAAAAAUAAUGGUUAAUCUUUUAAACUCAUCAGCGACAUGUGGAUUUACAACAAGGUUUUUUGAAUUCCUUAUUCAUAAAGCUAAUGGUUGUCUGAUCUGCACAAUAUGUACUUCAUUGCUACAAGUUACAUCUGUGUCAUUGGAGAAAUGUACUCUUCCUCUAUCUCUGGCAAUUGAUUUUUUAUCAUCUUUGUUCUCAAGCUCUCUCUUCUCUGAAUUAAAAAUAGAAUCGUCACAAUGUAUAAAUGAGGUUAUUCAGUGCAUAGUACCUUCAUUAUGGCAGUGCCUUUAUAAUGCUGAAAAGAGAAACUUGAACAUCAAAACAGUUUUGAAGAAAGGAAUUCUUUUUAUCUACUUGCUGUCAACUCUCAUUCCUAAUUUCAAAGAGCGAAGGUCUUCUGUUGAAAAUAGUUAUAUAUCAUUAGUUUGCGGCACUUUGGCACACUGUAAAGAAGACUUAGAAUUUAAAGAACUUUAUGAUGUCGUACAUAGUUUAUGGGAUUUUCAAGAAGAUAUGAGUGAAUUUGAUUUGGAAGAAACAAAUGAUGAUUCGUCUCAACUAGAUUCUGAAGUCCCUCAAAUUGAUGAAUUAUAAUAUUUUUGCCAUUAAAGUAUUUAUUUUUUCAAAAGUACAAAGUCUACUUUUUAAUUGAAGGAAAAUCUGUUUCCAAUAUUAAAUAAAAUGAGUUUGUUAUAUGUAUAUAUAUGUAUACUUUUUUUGUGUGUGUGUGAAAAUACAUUUAGUGUCAGAUGUGAGUGUUGUAACAAUCAGAUCAAACUUUUGUUUUCAAAUUCAACCAGUCAGGAAACUAUUAAUAUUUUCUGUGGUUAGCUUCUGAGCUGUGUUGUGUAAGAUGUUCAAAAAAAAAAAAAAUAAUAAUAACAUCUUACAUGGCACAAUCAGUUUUUAUUUUAAAGUAGGAUCAUUCCAUGUCAGUUCACCUGGCCGUGUAAACAAAGUUCACAGAUUUUAAUAAAAUUUGGUGUACACAAAAUUUCUAUGGUAGUAAAUAACCGUAUAAUUUUUUUCUCCAAUGGGUGAUCUGGUUUUUGUUUUAUAGGACCCUCAAACUUUUCAACAAAAAAAAAAUAUUUUCUGUCAUUCUAUUCUCUCAGCCUAAUCUACAUGUAUACUUAUUUCUUCAGUAAAUUGUGUCUGAUGCAGAAAUCUUUCAAUCUCUGAAAAA